UUAACGAAGGCCUGGGCCUAGCUUGUAUGCCUCGCACAACUACGCAUGCGUAACAACCAUGUGGGCCACCUCUUUGGUCAGGCACAUGGUAUUCAGAGAUGCCUGGGGAGUAGCGUGUGUGAAACGCAAUGGCCAACAAAGUUGGUUCUGAGCAGUCGUAUGAUGUUUAUGUUGCACGAAUUCCUGCAGACUAUGAUGAGCCUAAGCUAAGACAACUGUUUGAUGCUAUUGGCACAGUCAAAGGUGUCAGUGUGAAACCAGGAAAAGGAGAUCACACUCUAAACUAUGCCUUCAUAAAGUUUGCCACAGAAUCAGAUGCUCUUUGUGCUGUGCGUUACAUGAAUAAUCAUCAGCUUGGAGACAGCAAAAUUCUGGUUAACUAUCGUAAAAAGGAAGGAUCAACCAGUGGCUCUGAGAGUGGUGGUAGCAGUAGUAGUUUGGGUGGGUUCAAAUCACCAGGUGUAACAAAGGGAAGUAGCACAGGUUUUAAGGGCUUUGGAGGAACUGGAUUUGUCAAUAAUGAGUCCUUCCCAAAGAAUGGAUUUGGCAGUCCAAAUGAAGUUUCAUACAACAAUAGUGUUUGGGAUGAGAGUGCUGAUUCUGCAAGCAAACAAAGUAAUCCAAGCCUGGCUUCAUCUGGUUUUAAGAAACUAACUGAGGAAAAAGUUAUCAUUGUUCAUGUUGAUCAUCUUUCAAAGAUCUGGGCACAGCCAGUAUCAGAAGAAAAUGCCAGGAGAAUAAACAGGUUAUCGGAAGAACUUCAAAGUGAAUGCAGGAUGGCACACAAAGUCACUGGUCAGCCUCCAUAUUCUAAGAUUUUUGGCUGCAAGUUUUCUGUUGAUGAUCAAUGGUAUCGAUGCAAAGUUCAUGAAAGACUCACUGAUUCUAAGGUAAAAAUCAGUUACAUUGAUUAUGGCAACUGUGAGGUUGUCGAUGAGGCAAGUUUAGUGGAGCUGACGUCAUCCCUUGCACACAUGCCGCCCUGCGCAGAAGAGUACAACUUGAGGAUAAAACCAAUCAAUGAAGAUGAAAAUUCAGAGGAAUUCAAGAAAGGCUUGGAUCAUAUGCGAGAUUAUGUCUUUGACAAGAUGGUGAACCUCUUGAUUGAGUCAGGUAGCAAUGAGGUUACGAAGGCAACGCUUGUUGCCACAAAUGAAGACAUAAUUGAGAAUCUAAUCAUUAGUGGCCAUGCUGUUGCUUCUGAAAAGAAGCCGCCAAAAGAGAAGGUCCUGCAGCCUUUGAGAUCCCCAAGGAUCACCAACCCGAUUCCCAAUGGUAUCCACGAUAAACAAAGCGAUGAACUUAAGAAUCAACUAGCAGAUUUGACUGCGCAACUCAAAAAGAGCAAGGCUGCCGAAGAAAAGCUGCAAGGGGAUAUCAGGUCACUGAAACAGAAGAACAGCCUGUUGGAACAGUCAGUGGCGUUGGCUGACUCAAAGCUGAGAUCAAUGUCAAACGCAGUCGUAAAUGAGCAGUUUUUGAAAAUGAUUCAGAAAGUGAAUGAUUUGAAGAGCCUGCGGGAUGAUUUGCAUUUGGAAGGGACCUUGCACCCUACAUUGAAGAAAGCUGUUCAGUUGUUAACUGAAGACGUCAAAUCCAUAAAACUAAGCAAGAUUUCUUCUUACGAAAAGCUUCUUAGUGCUGAGGAAGACCUAUCAUCAAGCCAAACGUGUCUUAAAAGCUGCACUGGUGCGGAUGGACUGGACAGCCUCGUUCAAGCAAGAGAUCAGAAAAGAGAAAAAUAUUUACACGAAAUUGAUGCGUUUCUGACAGAAACGAGGAGCUUGGACUUUGACGAAAGGCGUGGAGAUCUAGCGUAUCUUUUGGAUGACAUUGAACGAGAGUUCACAUCGUUUUUGUCUAAUGAAGGACAAGCUCAAAGUGUGACGGAUGCAAUGCAAGCCUACGAAAAAUGGAAAGCUGACAAAAUUGACGACGUUAGGGAGAUUCAACGGAAUGCGGACCAUUGCUGCCUGGCCCUGGCAAAUACCCUGGAGAUUGUAAAAAUGAAACUGAGCAUAAAAGCUCAACCGAUUUUGGUCGACAUUGGAAAUGAGGCUGCGGAGCAGGGGGAUGUUGACGAACUGUUGCAAGAGUAUUCGCAAGCGGUGGCAGCAGAGAGCUCCAAGUUAAAGGAAUUGAACAUUGACACAGAGGGAAAAAGCAUGAUUUCAAAUUUGGUCUCAUCGCUCAUUCAUUGUAUAAAUGGAGAACUUGAAGAUAUAGAAACGCUUAGUGGGAGACUUAUUGACAGUUAUGAAGGUAAAAAGAUUGAGAUUGAAAAGUGGAUAGCAACCAAACCAGAUAUUUCUAAACUCAAAGAGACAAAGGCUUCCCUGAAAAGCUUAAAAUCAAAGUUCCGACACAAGCAAGCAGACCGCAAGGAUUGUGAAGAGGAUUCAGAUGAGAGUGAUCAGCUCGCAAAAAUAGAGGAUGAAAUUGAAUUACUCAGAAAUCAGAUUCACAGCAUGUUUGUCGAGGAGAAGAGAUUAUUGCAUGAUUUGAGCCAAGUUACAGAGCGACAUUUCCCAGAGCUUAAAGUUCGACAUCCAGAACUUGGCAUCACCUCGUUUAUGGAAAGCAACGGCCUUCUACAAACACGCGAACUUGAGCAUUAUGAUCAUCAUUCUCUGCCGCUGAUUUCGUCCGCAUCAGCACAGCCGGUCGUAUUCAAAACCAAAUUCAACCAGAAGGAUUGCGUAUUAAAGGAAUACUGUUUGAAUUGGGAGUUAACGAAAGAUGUAAUAAAGUCUAGAAUGUUUGCAUAUGGAAAGGUAGAGCAUGCGCAUUCGGUUCAACUUGAUGCUUUGUUUUUCGAUAAGGCAGGUCGAAAGGCUUACUUGCAAACACCUUACUUUGGUUAUGGAAAUUUGAAUGAUUUUGUAGCUCAAAAACCAGGACCAGAGGAGAUCGUUCCGAUAUUCCACAGUAUUCUUACCGCAUUGGUUGCCAUUCAUGACCAAGGAUGCAUCCAUGGCUCAGUUUCACCAACUCGAGUUUUGAUGCAGGAUUCUAAUAUCGUCACUGCAGUUUUAAAGGAGCCAAACUUUUCAAAAGACGAGUCUCAACGAUUUAAAGAACUUGCGGACCGGUCAGACAAAGAUUCUUGUUACCCGAAUUUCAAUGCAAAUGUGGAACCGGCUUCAAUGGAACUGGACGCUUACUGUUUUGGAUUACUCAUGUUCUGGGCUCAUUUUCCUACAACGCAGCACAUUGGAACACCGUUGCAAAUGCUUGAACGCAUACCAAAGGAUGAUGCUGUCUGUGAUGUGCUGAUGGGCCUUUUAGCUGAAGACAAAACAAAAAGAAUGAGCCUUCAAGAAGCGCUCGAUCAUCCUUUCUUCAGCUCGAUAAAACUGAGAUCGCAAAGUCCGUCUGAAGAGCUUUUAAGCGUCAUAAAAGAUCCAGGCGAUAGCUUUGCGAUUAUAGAGAUGAAUGAAUCGGCAGAAACAAAGGACCUGGACACCAGCAUUGAAGCGGAUCAAGAAGCUUCUGAGGAACAAAAAGCCGAGACAUGCGCAGAAAGCAACGCCUCUGCGUCUGUACCGGAUAAAAAUGAUAAUGACAUUGUGGAGGAGAAGGUGCUUGUUGCAAGCGAAGAGAAGCCUGCAUCCCAAGACCCGCCACAAUUUGUUGACGAUUUGCUGUCCUAACAAGCAUUUCAAAGCAGCAUAAAGUAAUAAUAUUGCGUCUAGUAAUGAAUGUAAGCAGAAAUUUGUUUUCGCGCAAAAUAAAUUUUAAAAAUAGCUUUGUAUAUUUUGUAAUUGUUCUGUUAUUUGCUACAGCUAAAAAUGUUUUGUUCAUAUUAUGUUGUAAAUUACUGCAGUUAAUCUUGUUUUGUUGCCUUAGAAAUAGUAUAGAAAUGCUAGAAAUAUUUUUAUUAAUAUUUGAGACAGUCUUUGAUAUCUUCGCGUUGCAUAUUUAAUCCAUGUACAUUGUACAGUAUUCAUCCACGUCACAUUUUAUAGCAUCCAACCACAUUGUGAAAUUUGUUUUUCCAGUUGUUUCAUUUUAAUCAGGUUAGUCUCUUACGAUCUGGGAGAUUAACAUUUCAUUUCAGCAUAGCAUCAUUUGAGGUUUUUUGUAUUUGUUUAAAAGCAACAGUUAACAAAUAUUAUUUUACAUUGUUGUGUUAUGUUAUAGUUCAGCUGAAAUCAAA